AAUAAAUUUAAAAUACACCACAAAGUGAAUGAAAUUAGUUUUAAAUAGGGAGAAUCUAUAAAACAAUAGACACACUACCAAGUUAAAAUUUAAUAGAAAUUUAACUAACACACCUUUAUUUUGCUUUUUGCAAUUAGAAGCUAUCAUGAUGUAAUCAUAUAUAUAUAAAUAAGCUUUAAAAUACAAAAGAAGACCUAAAUAACUGCAACCACUUUAAGAAUGGAAAGUGGAUAAUCCUUUGGAAAAAAAAAGUUGAGAGAAAUUCUUAAACCUAUAUAAGAGAAGCAUAUUAAAGGGGAAGACAGGUGAAACUUUCAUUUCAACACCC